UACUCAGGUAACGGGUUCGGUGUUCCCUUGCGUGUCCUGCUGGGAGGGGCCCUCGCAAUGCAUUCUGGGGCUACUGUAUAGGCGGGACUGUUCUGUCAGUGAGACGCCCAUCAGCCAACAUGGCGCAGCUGGCACAAGACCUGGGACCGGCCUUCUUCCAGCGGCAGCAGCUGAACGCUUCAAUGGCCGACACCUUCCUGGAACAUAUGUGCCUGUUGGACAUCGACUCCGAGCCCAUAACGGCCAGGAACACCAGCAUUGUCUGCACCAUAGGCCCUGCCUCGCGCUCUGUGGAGAUGCUGAAGGAGAUGAUAAAGGCUGGAAUGAACAUCGCUCGGCUGAACUUCUCUCACGGGAGCCACGAGUACCACGCUGGGUCUAUUCAGAAUAUCCGGGAUGCCACCGAGAGCUUUGCCUCUAAUCCCACGCACUACCGGCCUGUGGCUAUCGCUCUAGACACCAAGGGGCCAGAAAUCCGCACUGGGGUCAUCAAGACGGGAGAGAAUGCAGAGGUGGAGUUGGCUAAAGGCUCAGUCGUGAAAGUGACUACUGAUGAGUCCUUCAAGGAUAAGUGUGAUGAGCAGACCCUGUGGGUGGACUAUAAGAACAUCAGUAAAGUUGUGAAGGUCGGGGGCAGGAUUUUUGUGGACGAUGGACUGAUUUCUCUGCUGGUCAAAGAGAUUGGGCCUGACUACUGCAUGACUGAAGUGGAGAAUGGGGGUAACCUGUGCAGUAAGAAAGGGGUGAACUUGCCCGGGGCCCAGGUGGACCUUCCUGCCCUGUCGGAGAGGGAUUGCCUGGACUUGCAGUUUGGCAUUGAGCAGGGCGUAGACAUGGUGUUUGCCUCGUUCAUUCGCAAGGCGCAGGACGUACACGCCAUUCGCCAGAAACUGGGAGAGAAGGGUGGCAAUAUUCGCAUCAUCAGCAAGAUAGAGAAUCAUGAGGGGGUCAAGAGGUUCGAUGAGAUUCUGGAGGCCAGUGAUGGCAUCAUGGUGGCCCGGGGGGACCUUGGCAUCGAAAUCCCAGCAGAGAAAGUUUUCUUGGCCCAGAAAAUGAUGAUUGGUCGUUGCAACAGAGCAGGGAAGCCAGUCAUCUGUGCCACACAGAUGUUGGAGAGUAUGAUCAAGAAGCCCCGCCCCACCCGUGCCGAGAGCAGUGACGUAGCCAACGCUGUGCUGGAUGGAGCCGACUGUAUCAUGUUGUCUGGAGAGACCGCCAAGGGCCUGUACCCGCUGGAGUCUGUACACAUGCAGCACGCGAUUGCCCGAGAAGCCGAGGCGGCUAUCUACAACCAGCAGCUGUUUGAGGAGCUGCGACGGGUGACCCCGCUGACCCAGGACCCCACGGAGGUGACUGCCAUCGGGGCUGUAGAGGCCUCGUUUAAAUGCUGUGCCGGAGCCAUCAUCGUCCUGACCACAUCUGGCCGGUCGGCUCAGCACCUUUCUCGUUACCGCCCUCGCGCUCCCAUCAUUGCGGUGACGCGUAACGCCCAGGUGGCGCGCCAGGCUCAUCUCAACCGUGGGGUCUUUCCCGUCCUGUACCGCGAGGCGCAGCAGGAAGCCUGGGCCGACGACGUGGAUCGCAGGGUGCAGUUUGGCAUUUCAAUCGGGAAAGUCCGCGGGUUCCUGAGCAAAGAUGACAUUGUGAUCAUUGUGACCGGCUGGAGGCCCGGCUCUGGCUUCACCAAUAUCAUGCAGGUGGUGAGAGUGCCGUAGGGGUCAUAGCCCACCUACCCAUGGGGGGGUAUUCCCUGUACGAGGGGGGGCUUCCCUGCCCCCCAUACCCAGAAUUCCCUUUCUCUGCUUCACAUUCCAUAUUAAACAUCUGCCAAAGCUUCA